ACAGCAGCCGUGGCUGUCAAGUUGGUGCCAAGGAUUUCUGUCGUACCAUUUCUUCCGCGAUUGCAGCAGGCGCCCUUCGGAUAAAUUUGCGCAAAUUCUCCAAAAAGCGUAAUCUACAGCCCUCAAGAUGAGACUGCCGAUGGGACGUAAACAAGCCGAACAGGCCGCUCAGUGGGCCUCUUCUGCCGCCGCUUACGGAGCUGCUGCGGCGCUGGUUGGAUGCUACCUGACCGACUGGAAGGUGAUCGUGUCGUACAUCCCCUUCUACGGCGGCAAAUUCGACAAGAAGGAAUAGGCACGGUCAGACUCGCAUCGCGGCUAGCUUUAAAUUCGGUUAUAGCAAAAUUCUCGCUCAGUGGACACAUCGAGAGGAGAGUAUCCGGAAUGAGGCUGCAGGGCGUGCUUGCACGUCAAGGAGAGGGUGAAACCAUCCACUGGCCCCCUCGCACAGUACAAUGCCAACAAAUUUGCAGUUCAAUAAGAGUUCACUGCUGAGCAAAAAACAAUACCAAAAUCGGCUUCUAACGGUUA